AUGCACACUGGGGACCUCUAUACUGCUUCUUCAUCCACCGCCUAUCUCGCCUCCAAUGCCUCUUGGUCUCACCUCCCCGAACAUACCCACCCACGCCCCAUCAUAGUAGAGCCUCCGUGCGAGAGCGAUGAGGACGCCCAGCGCUCCAACCCACACAGGUCCUACAGGGCACAGUCCCUCGAUGUAAACCAAAAGGCAACUGCUGCAAUUCUGUCUCAGAACAGCCCCGACGAUGCUGGUCCAUCUGCCAGGAAAACACCCUCGCCCAGGCCUGCCUCUGUCGCCGCCUCUCCAGCCGCCCUCUUUCUCUCCUCCUUCCACAGUCCAGUCGUGUCGACUCCAAAGCCAGACGACGAGGGCCAGGUCAUCUCAGGCUACACCCUGGGCGGCAUAAUAGGCUACGGCAGCUCCUCCAUAAUCAGACGGGCGACUUCGUCCUCCGGCGCUGUUGCAGCGGUCAAAAUCAUCCGCCGCUCAGAUCUCGUCAAAGCGGGCAACGCCCCACAGGCGCGAAAGCGGCUGCAGCACGAAGCCGCCGUGUGGGCUUCUCUCAGUCACGAGCACGUCCUCCCGCUCUUUUCCACAGUCCACUCCACAUACGCCGACUAUUUUUUCACUUUGUAUUGCCCUGCCGGCUCGCUCUUUGAUAUCCUCAAGCGCGAUGGGAAUCCGGCACUCCCUCAGGACGACACCGGCAUGAUGUUCAGACAGGUCGUGAGAGGCUUGCGCUAUCUGCAUGAAGUCGCACGAUACGUACAUCGCGAUCUCAAACUCGAGAAUGUCCUCGUAGAUGAAAUGGGCGUAUGCAAAAUUGGGGAUUUUGGUAUGAGCCGGCGGAUAGGCUCAUUGGAGGAAGAAGAAGGCGAAGAGCUUGAGCAGCCAGAGUCGGAUCAUCCGUUUGCUGAAAACAGCGGUCUACACCGUGCAGUCUCCCUCGCAGCACCUACAUCCAGACGACACACAGCGGUGUUCACAACCCACAGUCACCAUCUUGCUCGCCACAACACUACUCGUCAUCGAAAUUCCACUUCUACCAACGAACCGAGUCAUGCUUUUCAGCCAGGUUCGCUUCCGUAUGCUGCCCCGGAACUCCUCUUGACACAAACUUCCGAUGCUUUGCGGCCUCACCCCAGUCAAGAUAUCUGGGCUUUGGGUGUUAUGCUAUAUACAUUGUUAACUGGUUCUUUGCCGUUUUCUGACUCGUUUGAACCCAGGUUGCAAAUGAAAAUUUUGAAUGGCACAUAUCAAGUCCCUUCGGGUAUCGGCCGUGGAGCGGAAAGGAUCUUGCAAGGCUGCUUAGACCGGUCUGUGGCGAGCAGAUGGACGAUCGCUAUGGUCGAUGACGUUGCCUGGGGCGUCGGCUGGGGAUCCGAAGGCGACGAUGUGACACCCUCUGACACACCGAAAGAGAGCAUCACCCCGCACCCGCCUUCAAAAGCCCACUCGCGCUCUCGCUCGCGGCCAGGCACCAUCCCGAUCCCGGACUCGUCACACGACUGCACCUGGGAUCAUAACAGCAGCGGUGGUGGCGAGGCGUCGCCGUCUCGGCCGUCAUUGGGGACAGCAUCGCGGAGAUCGGCGUCGAGAGUGCAGCGGUCGCUGUCCCGCGCGCCUGCUCUGACUGACACCUCCUCGUCUGCACGCAGCGCGAGUCGGAGCGCGUCGCGCCGGCCGCUUGAUCCGCUGACGGCUGACGCGUAUAUGCCUGAGAUCAUCGCGCCCAGUACGUCUUCAUCGACGGCAUCGGAGCCGUACUCGGCCUUUCUCGACGACUCGGCGCUCGAUGUCGAUGUUGAUGUUGACGUUGACGUCGUAGCGUCGCCGGCGGAGUGCUCUCCGAUGCGCAGGGGCCGCAGGCAGAGCAAACACCCGUUCCUGACCUCGCGCUCGCCGAGCUCUAGCGUCGUGCCGACGACGCCGCCGGAUGGACAUCUGGUGUUAUCGCCCGACGGCCUCGAGCAGCCUGAGGAGAUGCACCUUGAUCCUGAGGCGGCGGCGGCGGCGGCGUCUGCGCCGAGAGGGCGGAUGGGGAUGCGGAUGGGGAAGAGUGUGGAUAGUAUGCAGGCGGGGCUUCAUCGGGGCGGUGUGGGGCGAGCGAGGGGGAGGAGGGAGAGCUCGUUUGGAGAGGAGGAGGAGGAGAGCGAGGAGUGGGCGGCGCAGGAUAUCAUUGAGCCUGCUCUAUCCUCGAACCGAUCAGCAGCGGCGCUAUGGCGCUCUUCGCUCCAGCGCGAUAGCGGUGCGGGUACGUCUGUGUCGGGUGAUAAAUCCACCCACGGGGAACGAUCUGGUACCGGGAGACAGCGCCCGAGCAGCUCGCCGCCUAUUGCGGCGCGGCGGCUGAAGAGCGCAGAGACGUCCGCACAUGCACAUGCGCAGAUGCAAAAGUCGGCGUUGGAGGCGUUUUUGAAGUCGUCUGCGACGCCGGUGCCUGCGAGCAUGGGUAUGGGUAUGGUUCUCCGGAGUAGGAGCAUGGAGACUGGGUCUGGGCGGCGGCAGGUGUGA